AUGGAUGAGGGAUACGAAAAGUAUUCCAAGAAUAGCAGAGCUUAUGUGCUGCCACAUGUCUUGACCGGCCCAGAAGUAGUACUGCCACUGUCGCAGGCGCGGUGGCUCGUAGAACAGCCAGAUACAGUCAUGAGCCAAACCGAGGUCAACCGCCAGUUCUUGGAAGCUGAUCACACAUUUCUUCACCCAAACAUUGUUCGGGAGCCAGUUCACCCAGAUGUAAUCCGUCGCGAGCUGACCCACAAGCUGGCUAGCUUCACCACGGACAUUGUCGAGGAACUCGAUCGGUGUCUCAAGGAGAAUUGGGGUACAGACACCGAAAACUGGAAAGAAGUCAAGGUGUAUGACACCAUGCUAGAUGUCAUCUCUCGACUUUCGACUAGAGUAUUUGUAGGUGAAGAAUUAUGCCGCAAUCAGGAAUUCCUGCAAGCCGCACGAACAUUCGACAAAAAUGUCGUGGUUUCUGCAGCGGCGAUCAACCUGCUGCCAGGGUUCCUGAAACCUGUCGUGGCUCCCGUUUUCUCUAUUUAUGACCAUUUGAAAUACCUUACGAUUGCCAAGUUCGUCAUGCCAUUAAUUCAGCAACGACUACUUGAAGAGCAUGCAAGCCCAAGCGAGAAGCUGCCUCUCUUCGAGGGAAAGCGCCAAAAUGACUACAUUCAAUGGGCCAUCGAUCAUGCCUCCGCCCACUGGGAUCCUUUGGAGAUGACACCUACCGUCAUUGCUCGCCGUCUCGCAUGUCUAUGCUUCGCUGCCAUCCAAUCUUCUGUCAUCAGCAUCACGAAUACGCUCUUCGAUAUUGCUUCUUUAGCACAGUGUCAAGACUAUCUCGACACCAUGCGCGACGAAGUCACAGCCCAAAUUGACAUUGCUGGUGGUCCCUGUUCUUCACCGUCUGUGCUAUGGUCCAAGGCAUCGUUGGCUCGCAUGACCCGGGUCGACUCCGCACUCCGCGAGAGCAUGCGUCUCAAUGGCUUUGUAGCGCGCGGCAUCAUGAAGAUAGUCGUUGCUCCAGGAGGUGUGACGCUGCCAGAUGGCUCUCAUGUGCCGAGAGGUACAAAGGUCGGCAUACAGGCAUACAGUGUUCACAGAGACGAGGAUGUUUACACUGACGCAGAACGUUAUGACCCCUUCCGAUUUUGCACAGAAGAAACAACUUCCGCCGAUGGGGCCACAAACACGCGACAGCCACAAGCACUGGUCAGCACAAGCCCAACUUUCCUAGCCUUUAGCCAUGGGCCGAAUGCCUGGUAA